AUGGAAGACUACCAGGCUACCAAGGAGACUGCUUUUGUUGUUGAUGAAGUGAGCAACAUUGUAAAAGGAAACGUUGCUCACUUCAUAGAAAGUGCCAUCGGUGGCAACGCCUAUCAGCACAGCAAAGUGAAUCAGUGGACCACAAAUGUAGUGGAGCAAAGCUUAAGCCAACUCACCAAGCUGGGGAAACCAUUUAAAUACAUUGUGACCUGUGUAAUCAUGCAGAAGAAAGGAGCGGGAUUGUACAUGGCAAGUUCCUGCUUCUGGGACAGCUCUACUGAUGGGAGCUGCACUGUGCGAUGGGAGAACAAGACCAUGUACUGCAUUGUCAGUGCCUUCGGGCUGUCCAUUUGACCGCCUCGUCCAGCCUGUGAUCUUUCUUCUUUUGUCCCAACAUUUCUCUUCCAUCUUCUAACCACCA